AUGAGAAACCGCACAGUAACAACAUUCAUCCUCCUGGGACUGACUGAGGACCCAAAGCUGAAAACUCUGAUCUUCUUCUGUCUGUUUCUCACCUACCUGCUGAGUAAAACUGGAAAUCUCACAAUCAUCUUUCUCAUCUUUAUAGAUUCACACCUAAAAACUGCCAUGUACUUUUUCCUGCAAAAUUUAGCCUUCUUAGAAAUCUCAUUUACAACUGCUUGCAUUCCUAGAUACUUAUACAACAUCUCAACAGGUGACAGGACAAUUACAUAUAACAACUGUGACUCUCAAUUAUUUUUUACUGAUCUUUUUGGUGUGACAGAAUUUUUUCUCCUAGCUGUUAUGUCGUAUGACAGAUAUGUAGCCAUCUGCAAACCCUUGCAUUAUAUCACCAUCAUGAACAGCAAGAUCUGUAAAAGGCUUAUCUUCUGUUGCUGGGCAGCUGGCUUGUUGGUGAUCCUGCCACCACUUAGCCUGGGUCUCAAUCUGGAAUUCUGCGACUCUAAUGCUAUUGACCACUUUGUCUGCGAUGCAUACCCUCUCCUGAAGAUCUCAUGCACAGACAAGUGGCUCAUAGAGCAGAUAGUGAUAGUUUGUGCGGUGCUGACAUUUAUCAUGACCCUUGUGUGUGUAGUUCUUUCCUAUGCAUACAUAAUCAGGACCAUCAUCAACUUCCCUUCUGCCCAGCAGAGGAAGAAGGCCUUUUCUACC